CGUAACUUGUCUCAUCUCUCGUCUAGAAAUUCGACUUUUGAUUUUUUUAGCGGAGAAAGAAAAAGAGAGAAACAGAGUGUGGAAAGAAGAGGAAAAGAAAGUAAUGGAGAAGUACACGCAGAUCUGGUUAGCUUUGGGGACCUUAGCCUUGUUUGCCGUAUCAGCUCUAGCAGACGACGUCCUUGUGCUCACAGAAGAUAACUUCGAGAAGGAAGUUGGUCAAGACAGAGGCGCUCUUGUCGAAUUCUAUGCUCCUUGGUGUGGACAUUGUAAAAAGCUCGCUCCUGAGUAUGAGAAACUUGGAUCAAGCUUUAAGAAGUCAAAGUCUGUUUUGAUUGGAAAAGUGGACUGUGAUGAGCACAAGAGCCUAUGCAGUAAAUAUGGGGUGUCUGGAUACCCAACAAUUCAAUGGUUUCCUAAAGGAUCUCUGGAGCCCAAAAAGUAUGAAGGGCCACGUACUGCAGAAUCACUUGCUGAGUUUGUGAAUAAUGAAGGAGGGACCAAUGUGAAGAUAGCUGCAGUCCCAUCCAAUGUUGUGGUGCUGACAGCUGAUAAUUUUGAUGAGGUUGUCUUGGAUGAAACCAAGGAUGUAUUGGUGGAGUUUUAUGCACCAUGGUGUGGCCAUUGCAAGAGUCUUGCUCCCACAUAUGAAAAGGUGGCCACAGCAUUUAAAUUGGAGGAAGAUGUAGUUAUUGCCAAUCUAGAUGCUGACAAAUAUAGGGAUAUAGCUGAAAAGUAUGGAGUAAGUGGGUACCCAACACUGAAAUUCUUUCCAAAAGGCAACAAAGCUGGGGAAGACUAUGAGGCUGGGAGAGACUUAGAAGACUUUGUCAGUUUCAUUAAUGAAAAGAGUGGAACCAGUCGCGAUGGAAAAGGACAACUUACCUCAAAGGCUGGCAUAGUUGAAUCAUUGGAUGCUUUGGUGAAAGAGUUUGUAGCAGCUGGUAAUGAUGAAAAGAAACCAGUGUUUUCCCGAAUAGAAGAGGAAGUUGAGAAAUUAGAGGGUUCCAGUGCAAGGCAUGGAAAGAUUUACUUGAAAGUUGCUAAGAGCUGUAUGGCUAAAGGUUCUGAUUAUGCCAAGAAGGAAAUUGAGCGGCUGCACCGCAUACUUGAAAAGUCAAUCAGCCCAGCAAAGGCGGAUGAGCUCACCCUCAAGAAGAAUAUCUUGGCGACAUUUGCUUGAUCUUAUGAUCUUCCAGUUUUCUGGGGUUUGGUUCCCCCAAUAGCCUCUCUUCGAUCGUCCAUCAUUUACUUCGAAAUUCUUGUAGCAAGGCUUCUUCACACAGUAAACAGCAUUUUGAGAACCUCAACUAGCUAGUGCAUUUAUUUUAUAUUGCCUUAUUUAAUCUGUGCACUGUACUUUUUUUAACAAAAUGACCAGAUAUUCGAUUUUCGAGAUAAACUCCACGAUAUUUCACGAGCCUUUUCCUAA